AUGGACAAGAGCUCCACCCUCCUCACGAGCCUGCCGACGCCCGUCUUCUGGUACGGCCUCGUCGUCGGGCAAGAGUUCUCCAUCUGCCCGGCGAACCCGGCCGACCUGCUCCUCAAGGACGGAGACGGCGGCGACGGAUCGACGGAGGUAAAGGUCAGGCUGGAGCGCGUCGGCCCGGCGAAGAAGGGGGGCAUGCGGACGGUAUCGUUUACCGUUGGGGGUGCGGUGCAGAACGUCGAGGUCAAGGACUCCGUGUCGGGGAACGACUUCGACGGGCCCAUGGCGGGCGCCGGGAACGCGCUUGAGGUGGGGUCCCCCAUGCCGGGAGUCGUCGAGAAGGUUCUCGUGGAGGUCGGGUCGUCCGUCUCGGAGGGCGAGGUGGUGGCGGUGGUUAGCGCCAUGAAGAUGGAGGUGCAGGUUAAGGCGACCACCGCGGGCACCGUGGCAUCGCUGGCGGUCGAGGAGGGGGGUAAGGUGAUCGAGGGGGCGCUUAUUGCCACGCUAAAGGAGUAAGAGCAGGCGCGUUGUACCAAGCUUUUUCCUGAACAAGGUCGUCGCAUUCUUGAUUUGAAGUAUUAAGUUCAGCUAUUUUGGUGAAUCGAGGAGUUAUUGGGGGGUGGCGGGCAGGAUCGUCUUGCUUUAGUUGUGGCGUGUAGUCUACGCUGACGUGUUUCUGGUGUUGCUAUCGGUCUCAUGUUAUUGAGACGGAGUGUUGUGUUUUGUCGCCAUCGUCACAAGGUCUUGCGAUUCCGUGUGUGGGGAGCGGGGAGAGGGGGGUCGGGGAGGAUGAGGAGAUCAUAAUGGACGUGAUCGUAUGCGUUGGACGUGAUCGUAUGCGUUGGUCCCCUGUUACGUGCCCGGUAUGCGGAAGGAUAGCAGUGAAGACCUGUUGUCAAGAACGUGAGGUGUUUUUUCCUUGCUUUUUGUUUAUGGAGGUGUUUUCGUGUGGUUUCUUGUUAUCAUUGGCGCCAUGUUCGUAUUGUUUGUUUUGUACAUACGGUUGUUCGUCGGGUGGGUAAACGGUAAUUCAACCCCGUCACAGGGCCCCACGUAGGGAAGGCCCCGAAGUUUGGUCAACAUUAAUCUCGGAUCCCUUCACAUCCACGGUGUUAGCCCGAUUGUUAUGCGUUGGUUCAUGUACACGUGCCACCCCGUAUGUUAUCUAGCCGGCUUGCCGAGCGCAUCUAUACUCUGGGUGGAUGUGUAGUCGAUUGGAAAGAAAAUACUGCCUGUUUUCGAAGCAUGAAAGGUAGAGAAGAAAGUGGUUGCUGGCGUCUGGGUUCUUGGGCCUCCACAAAAAACGAGAAGGAUUUUGUAAGAAGUGUCGUGAAAUCGAUCAUCAGGGACCAAUCAGUUGGACCAAUACACACAGACACAUUUUUUGCUUUCACCCGCACUGAGACUGACAUCUUUUCAUCAUGUUGAGCCAGUUAACGCGGUCGAUUCUAAUAAUCAAAACACACACACACAUCUCCCUUGCCCAAUUCGUGUGAGAUCACCACUUCCACCACGCACGCUCAGUAGCGUGGUGGAAGGUAGUAGCAGCAGCAGCAGUAGUAAAGUGAUGGACUGACGUGGAAUCGCUUUGCACUGGAGCCUCCAGUCGCAUCGGCAAUGAGCGGUGUCAUGAACCAAGAUUUGGCACCACCAUCACCCGUACCUGGACCUGCGCCACGAUGCCCAACGGAAGUACGGUAUUCAUGUCCUCUCUGCAUCAGCGAAGGAUCAACGAACCUGACGGCGAGGAAUCUGGCUACACACCAAAAACGUCAGCAUAAAGGUCGAGGAAAAGAGCUACUACUCAGUUUGUCUCCUCCUGGAUCCUUGCGCUCGAGCAGCCAGGCACCUGGUUACGCCGCAUGUGGCACAUGCGGCGACCUUUUCUCUCCACGCACCAAGCAUUGUUGCGAACCAGGCGGCAACUCCUAUUAUUACCGUGGGACCUCAAUGACGUCAGCAGUGCCCUGGAUCAGGUUCGACAAGAUACUCUUGAAACGUCAAUUUUUUCGACAGUCAAACACGACGAUCCGCAACUGGCGAAAGUAUUUUGCAAACACUUCCAACAUGUCGUCAUCCUCUUCGUGCAAGCAUUUGGAGCUGUACACAUAGAUCAGUAGAAGUCAGAUACCUCAGAUCUGUCUCCUCUUGCAGCGGAAAGAUAUGAAGUAGCACGUGUUGAAAGACAACUCCAACUUGUCCGAGCAACAAAGUUGCUUCAUCUUACCCCAGCAUUGCAUGGAUCGACUGAUGGAAGGAUGAACAGGGUAUCCCGAUUUAACCGCUUUGCAAAUGGUGAUCUGAGUGAACCUAUCGCCUGGCUCAUGAUGUACGAGAAGAAUCGUCGACUUCAGUAUUAUGCGGAUACUGAAGACAAUCGCCAAAGAAGAGCCACAAGACUUGCGCAUGAAAGAGGAGGCAUCACGAAAUCUGCCAGUGCCUUAAUCUCCCCAGCACCUUCACCGCGAAACAACGACAAACACGCUGGAGCAUCUACGCAACCUACACCCUAACGAAGAUCCUGACGAUAUUGCUACUGCGUGGGCUUCCAGCAUCAAAGUUGCGGGAGAUCGUAUAAAAACGCACAAGAUCGACUCCGUCGCCGAAGCUGACCCAUUCAAAAUCAAGUUCAUCAAGCAGACGGUGAAGAAAGCCAACCCUCAGAGUGCUCCGGGGCCUGAUGGUCUUCGUUUUUCGUAUCUCCAAGCUGGUGGGAUGAGUGAUUUUUUUACUGAAACCUUGGCGGACUUCAGCUUUAAAGUCU